AUGGAGUCCGAUGCAUUAGUAUCACUAUCUUUUUGCUCCCAGAAAAGUCACUCUGUCAUAAAAACUCAACGAAGAGCACCAUUCAAUGGACGCCUCUGUAUUUCGGAAUUCGACAGCAAUUUAUCAUUCCGCACAUUUCGAAAUCGCGAUAGUGUGUUGAGUGUCUGCGAUAUUUUGUUUUUUCCCAAUUCUAAGAGAAGUAAUUAUGUUAAAAUGAGCGGGCAGUACGUUCCAGUUGAAGUGCACCGUUCGGAUGGAAAUCUUGUCUCAUACUGGCAUAAUACAACGGACGGAUUGAAAACUAUUACUGAUUAUGUGACCGACCUUUUCAAUAUUGAUGUAUCAGAAGUCUGUGUAUCUGACGAUUUAUUCAAAAUGAUUGAAUGGGUGAACAAUAGACAAAAGACACCAUUGAAAAAAGUGGUUGCCUGGGUUGCUUGCCCAGCAGAAAAUAAAAUUAUAUACCUCGUGAGGGACUGCACAACUUUAUCUGAAAUAAGCAUUCACUCAAAGGCUCCACCCAAUUUCCGCAUAUUGGGAAAUUUCCGAAGAAUCGAUUGCUUAGAUAUCUGGCAUGGGCAAUGGGUGACAAUCGAUAACCUAUUAACAAUGGAUGGAAUUGAUAUUAUUUUGGGAUUUUCUAGUCUGUCUAAUAGUGAUAUGAAUGCCUUUCUGAAGCACUGGCUGUCUGGAAGGUGUCCUCGAUUGAAAUUAUUCUGCGCCACAACUGGUUCCGUGGAUAUAUUUCAAGUACUCGCUGGUCUACAGCGUAAUGUAGUUUUUGUGGAGAAUCGUCGAGACUACACCAGCCCAUUCGAAUAUAGCAGAAUCUUGUCAUUCGGAUAUGACAUCAAACGUGCGGAUGGUGUGACUGCUACAGUAUGCGAACAGGGGAACGGAACCUUGGUUAUUGCUGUUUGGCCUGAGACCACUUACAAUUAUAAUUAA